UUCGUCACAGACCACAGACCACAAACUCACCAAUGAGAUUAGUCUCGAAGAGCUUAGCCAAUAUGCGCCAAAAAUACUUGAUCUCUUAACAGAUAAUAAAGAAAAAAGGUGCCAGGCUCGUAAUCGUCUUAUAAAAGGGUAUGGCUUUAGCAAAGAGCAGAUAUUUGUAUUGAUUCCUCUCCAGAGAAUCGGGCGAUGCAAAAGACAAGCACCAGUUCCAGAGGGACCAGAGUUGAAAGCUGAAAAAGUAAAUAUAUGUCAAGUAUUAGAUAGUACUGGUUCUGAGGAGACUAUUAAAGAAAUAGCUCAGUGUAUUAUACGAGAUAAACUUAGCGAAAGAGAAGUAAAAGCAAUAUCUAGAAUCUUAGAGGAAACAUCACCUGAUACUUUCGUUGCCUUAUCUCGUCUCUCUAGGUUUCAAAGAGAAUUGCGGACCCUCAAUGCUUCAGAAAAAAUAAUUUUUGCUAUAUUUAAUCCGGAGGAGAGACUGAAUUUAUAUAAUGUAUCUAAUAUACUCAAUAAACAAGCCCUAGCCGAUGUAAUGAUAAUGCUCUGCAUUCGUCUUGCUGAAAUUAAAAACUUGUGUAUAUCUAAUAGGGCCGUAACUGGAUAUACAAAAAACCGAGGUCAACAGGACAUCUUUCGAGUAUUUAGAUCACUGGAAAAGAAUGAAGCUUGGACAAGACAAUUGCUUACAUGGAUUCAGGAAGCAAUCGUUUCCAGGGAGUUAAGGGAUCCAGGAAAGCUUGGAUCAACAUACUUAAGUACGUUUCUGAAAAAAGAUGAGUUUCUUCCAGAAAGUGGUAAGCCAUUACUUCCUAGCUCUUUACGCAAAUUAGGGGCAGUAUUUGCUUCUGUAGCACAUGGGCCUAAAAAUGCGUCGAAAGCUAACACUUAUGCUAGUGAAGCCCUUCUGCAUUCACCUGAUAACCAUGCUUCUCCAUCUAAGAGGCAAGAUCAUUCUGCAUCUUUGAUGAAAACUAAUAUCCAAAUUUUCUCAGAGGGUGGUUUAGAUAACGUUUAUUAG